UCUCCUUCUUAAUGCAAUCUCACUCUCUCUGCUGCCUGGAGUGGAGAAGACAGGAUAGCAGUGGGAUCUUUAGGAGAGAGGGAGAGAGAGAUAUAGAUAGAGGGGCACUAGGCUUAGCUGAGCUGAGAACACUUGACCCAGUUGCAGAUGGAGUAGAGAUGGAAAACAGAGGCCUGCUGCGUUAAGACAGGCAGACGGACAGACGGCAGGACGGAGACCCGGGCGGCGGCUGCGAUUGGCGGCUCGACGGCAGGCUGGUGGAAGAUGUCGUCGGGGGCCGGCCGGCGGGCGUGCGAAGCAGAGGAGGGCCCAGUGGGCAUCCCCUUUCCUGAGCACAGCGCUGACCUGCUGGAAGGCUUGAACCGGCAGCGGCUCAGCGGCCUGCUGUGUGAUGUGCUACUGGUGGUACAGGAGCGUGAGUUCCCAGCCCACCGCUCGGUUCUAGCCUCCUGCAGCUCCUACUUCCACAAACUCUUUACCUCAGGCCUGGCUGCUGAGCGCCAGAGUGUUUACGCACUGGACUUUGUGCGUGCUGAGGCGCUUGCUGCACUGCUGGAUUUCGCCUAUACAGCCACACUCACCGUAAGCCGUAGCAGUGUAGCCGACAUCCUGAGUGCCGCCCGUCUGCUUGAGAUCUCACCUGUCCAAGACGUCUGCACACACCUGCUCGACACCAAAGUGCUCUCCCUUCCGACGGUCAGUGAGCGAAUAGAGGACGAGCUGGAAGAGGAUGGCGCGUGUGGGCGGAGCAGCCGAGAACAGGGCAACCGGCUACGCGCUCGCGAGUACCUGGAAUUCUUCCAGCGGGGGGCGCACUGGAGCAGCAGCUGCAGUACGCCAGAGCUCAGGGACAUGCCCGCACACCUGCACUUUAGCCAUCGCAACGGCGCUGACAGCAAUGGCACGCCGUCUAACUACUUCCCUCCCCCAGGCGCAGGGCUGGCAAUGCACCCUCCACCAGACCCGGAGGAUGACCCAGAUGAGCAGCAGGACACCAAGGACGUGCUGAUCUGGACUCGAGGGAAUGGCACUGAAGCACUCUCACAGUUCUAUGCCCCAUCAUCACAGAAUGGACACUUCUACCUCCAUCAAUCCGAGCCCAAGGCAGAGCGGGAAGCAGAGGCGGAGCGCGAGGUGGAGCGAGGGCCUGCCAGCGCUCUCCUGCAGCAGAUGAUGGACUCUAUAGAGCGGCAGAAGGAGAGGCCAGCUGGGGCUGAAAACGAAGGAGCUGACGGAGAUGAGCCUGACGUGGAGUUUUACUUGAAGUACUUUAACAGUGUGCAGCGUGAAGAGGCAACCCUUCCACUCUGGGCCUCGGUGCGAGGUGGAGAAGGUAGAGGCGCUGGAGGCCAACCUAACACAGGGAAUGCCGGCGGUGAGAGAAAAAUGCGCUCCAAGGCCUUCCAGAAGUGCCCUAUUUGCUCCAAGGUCAUCCAGGGUGCUGGCAAGCUACCCCGCCACAUCCGCACGCACACUGGAGAGAAGCCCUACGAGUGUGCCAUCUGCAAAGUGCGCUUCACCAGACAGGACAAACUCAAGGUUCACAUGCGCAAGCAUACAGGAGAGAAGCCUUACCUGUGCACACAGUGUGGUGCCGCCUUUGCUCACAACUAUGACCUGAAGAAUCACAUGCGUGUACACACCGGCUUACGCCCCUAUCAGUGCUCCAGCUGCUUUAAGACCUUUGUGCGCUCGGAUCAUCUCCACCGCCACUUGAAGAAGGAUGGCUGCAAUGGCAUCCCAUCUCGCCGUGGACGCAAGCCUCGCGUACGAGAACCAGAUGCACUUGAAGCCCCUCUGGAGCCGACCGGCACAGGGCCGAGAUCCACCAGGGGCCAACUGCAUCCAGAGGAUGAGGAGGAUGAGGAGGAGGAGGGUAUCGGUGUGGUUGUUAUGGAAGAAGUUCCAGAGAGCCGCACACACAGCCCACUGGCUGACAGAGAGGCUAGAGGAGAUGCAACUGCAAGGCAAAGAGACGCCACAACACCAUAAAUUACACACUGCUGGUGCUGGUGUUGCACAGAAAUCAGAGAAAAAAAAAAGAAAAUCAAUUGAGAGAAAAAAAAAAGCUACAACUCCAUGCUUCUUUUUAAAAACCAAAUCAGGGUGUCCCAAAAAUCUAAUCUUAAUUUACAUCUUUCUUUCUGUUUUCCCCCCCCCCCUUUAACAUUCAGCAUUGAGACCUGAAACUACAGUUACUGGCCUGUUGAAAGAGCGAAGAGCACUUGACAUCACUCACCUGUGCUGUCUCUGUCUUUCUGGGUGUUUAUUUUUGAUUUUGUGUUCUUAAAUUAACUUAAUCGCUUGUCCAUAUGCAUACGAGACAAUGGAGCUACUAUGCAGUUAAAACAGGUUCCUCAUCUCUGGAUUGUGUCCACAGGGCUUUGUCUUAAACAAGUAAGGUGUCAAACACCUGGCUGACCAUGGCUGCUAAUGCAACAGGUAAACAAAGAAUGAUCCAAGAUGUGGGAGAAGCAACAAAUGAAUCUUUUUUUUUUCUAAUGCAGUGAAAAAUAUGUACAUAUACCAUAAAGAAAAGGUUCUAUUGUCUCAGAUCAAUAUGGCAAUAUUAUGCAAUUCUGAUGCAGCACCUUCUUUAUAAAUGUUCCAGAAAGAAUCAGACAGGGGUUUGAUUUUAAGUGUUACUUUCUCUAUAAAAAAUAAUACAUGGUUAUAUCUUUUUAAAAGGUUAACAGUUUAAGUGAAAUCAUAUUAGGCCAUGGGAGGAAGAGAUGGUAUGAGGUUCUGUGUUUCUGAAGCACUACCGUCAUCAGUUUGCCACUGAGCAAAACAAUGUUGAAUCUUUUACCUCUCACACGCCUGUUUUUCCUCCUUUUAGAAUUCUUGGGUUAUUUUUUUUCUCGUCUUAUUUUUGUCAUUGUUGAUGUUUUAAUUUGAAUUGGCUGUUUUGGGUACUUGACACUUUACAUUGUAUACAUGUGUGUAUAUAUUAGGUGAUAAUGAUAUUGGUCCCUUUAUAAAAGGUUUAUUACAGAUUGUUAGGGUUAUAUCUUCCUUCAGCUUCACUCUAGGCUCCUCCCUGAGUGAAGCUUACAAAGGGUGAAAGGCUGUUUGAAUGUAUGAGAACAUUUAAUUGAGGAACCCAAUUUGUCCUAAACUCAGCACUUGACGGAAUCGGCAAAUUCCCUCCCAAAGCAUGAACCAUGAUCUGUGUGUGUGUGUGUGUGUGUGUGUGAGUGAGAGAGCGAGAGAUGUUGAAUGAUUCUGCCAAGGUCUGCCAGCUCAGUGAGAGAGAGAGGGUGCUGUUUUACAGACAGCCGGUGCACAAAGGCUGAGAAUGUUUUCUCUUUUCAUGCAUGGGAAGGAAGGAAAGAGAGAUGAGCACCUUUUAUGCAUUUGCACAGCUUUACUAAAGAUUUAAUUCCAGUGGAGAAAGAAAGAGAGAGAUUUCUACUUAAGAGAGAAGGGAAGUUAGAAGUACGUGUUCCAACAUUCUGCCCAAGGGACCACCGGGGUGAUGAGAUGAGCAAUAAGUACUUGUUUGGGUUGGGAGGCCAUAUCGGGGGAGAAGGGGGUCGACAUUCCAUUAAUUUUGUGAGUGUUGAUCUCUGGAAGGGUGCAACACUGUCCUUUGGACACAUCCUAAGCCACGUGACUCAAUCCCCGGGGCUGGGAGCGUCAGCAUGUCAGGUUUGUGGGCACGUCCAAACAUGCUUCACUCCAAAAUCUGGCAUUGUGACUGCAGUUAUGGUCGCCUACGUUUUUAUAAGAGAGAGGGGCUAUCGUAGCUGAAUCUUAUUAAUUCCAAAAGUGCUUGAUGGACUUUACAGACCUCACAUAGAUUUGCCUCAUUUGGAGAAUACAAAGGAAAAUCUUGGUGUAAUUGCUGGUGGCAGUGACUAGAAAUUAAAGUUUUUAAUACCGUUUACGAGGCAGAUAUCAUCACCGACUUUGCCAUUGCUGCAGCUGCAGUGCUGUGCCCAAUGUUUCAGUCCUUUGCACCUUAACAGGAGCAGCAGGUUUUGAUUGCACUUUGUUACUGAGAAGGGCACUUUUUUGUCAUAAUAAACGGGUACUUUGAAACAAAAGAGAGAAUGUGCUAAAAAAAAAGAAGAAAAAAAAAAAAGACACCCAUCUAUGUCACGAUGCUUAAGCUUGGUUCUUUGUUGUGGUUAUAGUUUUUUGACGACUGGCUGCCAAAAUACAAUCUAUACAGUUACACGUUGCAGGGUUAUCAUGCUGAGUUUCCGAAAUGGUGUGCAACCUUGAUUAGAAAACAAGCAGACUUUUAAAAAGACACCCUUAAAAAGAAGAUAUUGCCCUUAUAUCUGAUUGCACUUGAAAUUUUCAUUUGAUGUAUACAAUUUUCUUUAUGUCUUAAUGCAAAAUGGGGUCAUUGAGGGGUGGCUACAUGCUUCUGUGUGUGUGUGUGUGACAGAAUGCGUGUUUGGGUGCCUGCGUGUCUGCAGGGGUCUUCCAGUAAUUCUUAAUACGUAUAUUCCGUUUAGACAGUUGACAGUUCAUUACUCUGGUUUAUAUCAUUAUGUGCAUAGAACAGACUGCCUGUUAUACUCUAACUCCAAUUUUCACUCAAUGACAACCUGUGUAGGGGUUGUAAUAAAAGGGAUGUGUUUGGUUAAGGUUGCUAUUGCAAGGCCACACCCUAAGCAGUGCUCACUGCAGAGUGAGCUUAGUUUGUCCUGACCCACAUUAUGUGACCAGCCUGUCCAGAAAUUCCAAGGCUUUUUUGUUUUUCUUUAAUGCACUUUGGGUUGAUUAUUGGGAACACAGCUUCUAGCUGUCCAUAAACCUAAACCCUACACUAAAACCUUCUGUGACUCAACUUGCAGCUGGUCAAUCCAUAGAGCAGAGUGAAGUUGCGUGUGAUGAAAAUUAUCCACAGUCCAAAACCAGGAUCCCUUAUUACUUAAGCAAGUCAAGUAGAAAUCAUUGAGAAAAGGAAAUGUACUUGAGUUCUUUCUUUCACUAUUACUGUCCUUUUUUUGUGAUCUUUUGCUGCCUGUUUACUAGAUGAAAUCAGUCUUUUCUUUUUGCAAGGGUUGUUCCUACGAUUACUUUUAAGUUAAUGGCUCUUGUAUGAUUUGACGUGUGUAUAGGGGAGGGAUGGGGUUUGAACUUAUAUAGUGGAGAUGGAUGAUUGUUUUUGGUGGCUCAGUUGGGGGUAAUAUGUAGCCUGAUAGCACUGGAUAUGGUGCUUUAGCUGAAACAGCAAGAAUUUUUUGCACUAAAAGUCCUUAAAUAAGAAGGACAGGUUAACUGGGCAAGGCCUUUGAGUUUCCAUGAACACAGAGCCUAAUUUACGCCUGCGUCACCUCCCUUUUUUUUCUUUACCUCCCUUAUUAUUAUUAUUAUUAUUAUUAUUAAUCAUUAUAAAUCCAAAGUAGGUAAAGGCCUGGAUUACUUGAAAAAUUUAAACUCAUAUCUGAAUAAGCUUGCUGUCUCUUUCUUACUUAAUCUAAUGAUUGCAUCAGAUCAAAUUUCCAAAUAACGCCAACAUUAUUGAGCAACAUAACUUGUUUAAAAAGUAAUGUGGUUAAAAAAAAAUCCAAAGCACAUUACAUGUCAGCGAAACCACAACACAAGACACAUGAUGGUAAAGCAUUCAGGAAAUUGUCUGUAAACACAAACUGUUAACUGGAUAAAACGCUAAAUACCUGAUUUCACAUCUGUCUGACUAAGUAUUGACAUAUCUGUAGGUUCAUAGCAGCUCACUGGCCUUGUCUGGGGCUUACAAAUUGUAUAAAUGGGUCCACAAGGAGUCUGAGGGAGGCUGUGUAUAAACCUGACUAAGUGGAGAGGGAACUGGGUAAGAAUGUGCCUUAUCAUUUUAAGAUAUCAGGACCAUUCUUGUUCAUUCCCAUAAACAACCACACCAGAACGUGUGAAGCUGUUCAUAUGAGGCAAUGCUAUGGUAGGUUUUGUGAAAAGUAAGGUUGGGCACUAUGACGGUAUAACAUGAAUAUUGUGAUCAGUUGCAUCAUAUAAAAGUACAUACACUUAAAAGAUAUAUUUUUUUCUUCGUUAAAUUAUUAGUUGUCUAGAUAUUAAAUAAAACCAUUAUUUGAAGCCAUGUUUUUAAAAAUGGCAUUACUGUUUUGCUGGCACUUUGUUACCAAGACUAAAUAUCACAAUAUGUAAAUAAAGUAUUGUGAUAUAUUUUUGUCAUUUCGCCCAGUCCUAGCAAAAAGCUCCAGUC